GUGGAUUUUAGAGGGGGCCGGUUAGCUCAGUGGUUUGAGUGCAGUGCUGACAACGACGACACCAAGGUCGUGGCAAUAUCUUGUGGACUUCCUAAGGCUCCAUUAAAUGGUGGAAUAUUAACUACAGAUUACUUAGUUGGCACCCGUGUCACUUAUUUUUGCAAUGAUGGAUAUAGAUUGUCAGCAAAGGAACUUACAACUGCAAUCUGCCAGCCGGAUGGUACCUGGAGCAAUCACAAUAAAACACCUCGCUGUGUAGUUGUUACGUGUCCGAGCAUCAAUUCUUUUACACUGGAACAUGGAAGAUGGAAAAUAGUGAAUGGUUCACAUUAUGAAUACAAAACAAAAGUAGUUUUCAGCUGUGAUCCAGGGUAUUAUGGUUUGGGACCAGCAUCUAUUGAAUGUCUUGCUAAUGGCACCUGGAGUUGGAGAAAUGAGCGGCCUUAUUGCCAAAUUAUUUCUUGUGGAGAGCUUCCUACACCACCAAAUGGGAAUAAGAUUGGAACUCAAAUCACGUAUGGAUCUACAGCUAUAUUUACUUGUGAAUCAGGAUACAUGCUAGUGGGCUCUGCAGUGAGGGAGUGCCUGUCUUCUGGACUCUGGAGCGGAAUUGAGACCAGAUGUUUAGCUGGUCACUGUGGUAUUCCAGAUCUUAUAGUCAAUGGUCAAGUAAUUGGAGAAAAUUAUGGAUAUAGAGACACAGUUGUAUACCAGUGCAGUCCUGGGUUUCGGUUGAUUGGUUCUUCCGUACGAAUAUGUCAGCAGGAUCACAACUGGUCUGGUCAGCUUCCAUCCUGUGUGCCUGUUAGCUGUGGUCACCCUGGUAGUCCUAUUUAUGGAAGAACAAGUGGAAAUGGUUUCAACUUCAAUGAUGUUGUGACAUUCUCCUGUAAUACUGGGUAUGUUAUGCAAGGACCAACCAAAGCACAGUGUCAGGCUAACAGGCAGUGGAGCCACCCGCCUCCGAUAUGCAAAGUGGUCAAUUGUUCUGAUCCUGGAAUUCCUGCAAAUUCUAUAAGAGAAAGUAAAAUCGAACACGGAAAUUUCACAUAUGGCACAGUGGUAUUUUAUGACUGUAAUCCUGGAUAUUUUUUAUUUGGCUCUUCAGUUUUAGUUUGUCAACCAAAUGGCCACUGGGAUAAACCUCUACCUGAAUGCAUUAUGGUUGACUGUGGCCAUCCUGGCGUUCCUCCCAAUGCAGUCCUGUCUGGAGAUAAAUAUACGUUUGGGUCUACUGUUCAUUAUACCUGCACAGGUAGACGAUCGUUGUUGGGACAGUCAUCUCGCACGUGUCAGUUAAAUGGACACUGGAGUGGAUCUCUUCCACAUUGCUCAGGUAUUCCUGGUCAUGGAUCUAGGGAAGAAAAUAAUUUUAAAAUUAAAAGCACGGUGCAUUUCAGCUGUGAUAUUGGAUAUAUCCUCCAUGGCUCAGAAGAAAGGACAUGUAUGGCAAAUGGAAGUUGGACAGGAAGACAACCUGAAUGCAAAGCUGUGCAGUGUGGUAAUCCAGGAACAACUGCUAAUGGAAAAGUAUUUCGUAUUGAUGGAACUACAUUCUCUAAUUCAGUAAUUUAUUCAUGCAUGGAAGGAUACAUACUUUCUGGAUCAUCUGUAAGACAAUGCACUGCCAAUGGAACGUGGUCUGGAUCCUUGCCAAACUGCACAAUUAUCAGUUGUGGAGAUCCAGGAGUCCCAGCCAAUGGCAUGAGAUAUGGUGAUGAUUAUGUUGUUGGACAAAAUGUUACUUACAUGUGCCAGCCUGGUUAUACAAUGGAUUCAAAUAGCUCCUUAAUUCGCACUUGUACUAGCAAUGGCACGUGGAGUGGAGUAAUCCCAACAUGCAAAGCUGUUACCUGCCCAACUCCUCCGCAGAUCUCUAAUGGAAGGUUGGAAGGAACAAACUUGGACUGGGGGUUUAGCAUCAGCUAUGUCUGCUCUCCAGGAUAUGAACUGUCUUUUCCUGCUGUUCUGACUUGUGUUGGAAAUGGAACCUGGAGUGGUGAAGUACCUCAGUGCUUGCCAAAGUUUUGUGGUGACCCAGGAGUGCCUGCUCAAGGGAAAAGAGAAGGCAAAAGCUUCAUUUAUCAGUCAGAAGUCUCUUUCAGCUGCAAUCCUCCUUUCAUUUUGGUUGGCUCCAGCACCAGGAUUUGCCAAGCAGAUGGCACGUGGAGUGGUUCUUCUCCUCGAUGUAUAG